AGGCUGAGGACCGAGAAAGUUUCCACCUUUCCUCAUUGCUGUUCAGCGACCGUUCGAAACUCUCGUCCCUUCUUCUCCGGUUUAGGGUUUCGAGAGAGUCAAGGAGGAGCUAGCAUUCAUGUCGACUUCUUCAAAAGAGCUCGAGAAGCGCCUUCUGGAAGCUGGCAAAGCUCUUCUUCUUCUACCUUCUUCAGUUGAUACGCUUCUUCACCUUCUCGACAAACUUUUCAUCUGCUUGUUAGAGGUGGAACAGUCACCUCCUAGCUCGAUUCAGGAUGCACUCUCUCCGUUGAAGAAAGCAUUAGUCGAUGAAAGACUCCUCAAGCAUUGGAAUGUCCAUGUGAGAGUCCAUGUCGCUUCCUGCAUCAUCCAGGUCACGAGAAUAAAUGCUCCGGCUGCUCCAUACGUUGACGAAGAACAGAUGAGGGAAGUAUUGAAGUUAGUUGUAUCAUCAUUUGAACAUCUAGAUGACAAAAAUAGUCUCUCCUAUACCAAAAGCACUUCCAUCCUUAACACUGUGGCUAAGUACGAAGUCUCUUAUCUGAUGUUGGAUCCUGUGUAUGGUGCACUCUGUAUUGAGAUGUUCCACCAUUUUCUCAAGGCCCUAAGAGAUGAUCAUCCAGUGGAAGUAUUUUCGGAUAUGGAGAACAUUAUGACCCAUGUUUUAAAAGAAAGCGAUGAUUUGCCUCCAAAGUUGCUUGCACCAAUUCUGCAGUAUCUUAACAAGACUGAUGAGGUUCCCUCAAUAUCACGGAGGUUGGCAGAAAAAGUUCUGAUAAACUGUACUAGCAAGUGCCAAACAUAUCUUGCUGAAGCAGUGAAAUCAUCAGGCGUUUCUUUAGAUAAGUAUAGUAAUGUGGUGGCUUUCAUAUGCGAAGGUGCAUCCAGUGAUAAACCAAAGAAGCAAGAUGAUGAUGAGCCUCAACAACUUGACAGCAAUGCUAUCAACAGUGGUCUGGAUGAGAAAACUGGUCGUGCUGUGAACCAGAAGAAAAAGGAAAGCUCGAUGGAGGCCAAACCAUCUGCUGCUACUGCUAAACUGACAAAGGAGUCUGGAAAGAAGAUAGCUUCUGCUAGUAAUGCCAAACCUAGUGUUCCUCCUACAAAGAGAAGCACCUCUGAGAUAAAAGCAACGAAGCAGUCAGAGAAACCCACUUCUUUGGGUGAUAAUAAAAAGACAAUCCUUUCCUCUGGAAAGUCAGUCUCAAAGUCAAAGACAGAAGUGAAGCAACAACCAUCAGAGAAAACUCUUGCUAAUACAAACGGAAAGAGAAAACACAGUCUAGACACAGAGAAAGCAUUUGAUGACCGAAAGUAUGAUAAAACUUUAGUUGGAUCAAGAAUCAGAGUCUGGUGGCCACUUGAUAAAAGGUAUUAUAGAGGUGAAGUUACUUCAUAUGAUCCUUCCAGAAAGAGACAUAUGGUUGUCUAUGAGGAUGGAGAUCAAGAAACUUUAGACUUAAAAAAUCAUAACUGGUAUCUUGUGGAGGCAUCAAAAUCGUCAAAGCACAAGGAUAAACAGAAGGCCGCAGAAGUUUCCAACCGUGAGCAAACAGGUGCACCUAAGAGGAGGCUGAACCUCUCACUUCCUCAUGAAGAGGAUCCUGCAGAAGCUGAGACUCAGGCACGCAAGCGAUCUCGAGUCCAAAGCCACAGCCUCCAUAAAUCUCAUGGUGAGAUGGAGAAGCCCACUGCAGAAGGAGAACCCUCUUGCCACCAUCGCAGAUCUGGUUCUGAGCUUGGACACUCUCAAACUUGCUCUAUCACACAUCAGUUGGGUAAGGUCAAACAGAGCAUCACAGACACGAUAACCACUGUAAGAAAGUUUGGCUCUGAGGUCGAAACAAAGGAACAGACUAUUGCUGACAUGUUAACCAGUGUGAGACAGUUUGGCUCUCAGCUGGAAACAAAGGAACAGAGCAUUGUUGACAUGUUAACCAGUGUAAAACAGUUUCGCUCUGAGCUCGAGACAAAGGAACAGAGAAUUGUAGACACUUUAAACAGUGUACAACAGUUCAGAUCUGAGAUCAAGAAAAAGGAAGAUAACCUAGUAGCUUCGCUGCAUGAAGUUGACGUGUUAGGGGAGAAGAUAUCUGGAAUCAACAAAAUCCUCAACUCAUAAUCAAGUUUAGGAUCAAGAAAUGGGAUCAGAGACUUUUGCAAACCCAUUUUGUUAGACUUUUGCAAACCCAUUUUGUUCAACGAUGGAGUUUAAGUAGUUGACCAAAGAAAAAAAUCUUUUGUGUAGCAUUCUCUCUAGAGACAUUUUAAUUUUGGAAUUUUCGUCUAAAAUAUGCAAACUAAACAGUGACAUUAUGGUUCAGCGUAUGCUCUGGUUCGGGGUUGAACUUUGUGUAUAUCCUUUCUUCUC